GACAAUUUGCCAGCCAAUCAAAGGAGAGCAAAUGUCUGUCAAUAACAUCACUUCAUCACAAGUAAAUAUUCAGAUAAAGGAGCCAUCAGAUUGAUUCCUCUCGAACAAAACACAAUACAUUAAGAACAAAUUAGAAGCGAUGCAAGAAGGUUGGAUCCUCUAACAACUCUUUAGCGAUGAAAAGCAAGAAUGCUCGUUUUAAAUCAGUGAAAUUUCAGACUAUUUCUGGAAUUUUAGUGUAUCUCAAUGCUGGCAAGCUUUCCCAGCUAGACUUGAAGCAAGUCCAGAAAGUAAAAAACCUCUCCUUCUUUAGCAAAUACCUCUCAUUGCUAAAGAAAUAUGCAGGACUUCUAUCUGGGGAUUAUAAGUUUAUCAAAGGUGGGAAAACUCUUCAGAAGAGAAGGAUAAAGAAUUUCAACUUAUCUAGUUACAAGAGAAAGCUUGUAGAGAAGAUCCUUGCACUUGAGAGUAGGCAACUUGAGAGAAAAAUCAACUGAAUUUUUCAUGAACCCAGGGAGUCUAGUUUACCAUCUGCCUCACUUGAGCACAUCAGUAAGUUGCAGAGUCGUCCAGGUACAAGCAUUGAGAUCUAUGAAAGACGUAGGAAAUUUCUACGAGAAAGUACGCUCUCAUAUUGCAAAACUAGAUUAUAAUCCAUUUUAUUUUCAAGCUAA